CGAUCGAUCGAUCGACCGAGCUCGGGGACCCGCCGCCUCCUCCUCCUCCUCCUCCUCCUCCGCCGCCGCCGCCGCACUCGCCAUGGACUUCGGGGGCGUGGACUCCACCACGGGGCGCGCGUUCGCGAGCCCUAGCGAGAUGUGGAGAGAAGAAGUCGGCGCCGGGGGCGCCGAGGACGGAGCCGAGAACGCCGACUCCGCCAGCACCAAGCGCCGCGAAUGGUACCGGAAGGGCAUCGGCUACUGGGGAGGAGUGGAGGCUUCUGUGGAUGGGGUUUUGGGUGGGUACGGGUGCGUGAACGACGCCGAUGUGAAGGGGAGCGAGGGUUUUAUAAAACCCCUUUUGAUAGAGCGCUUUGGAAGUGCAAAGCGGCAUCUUGUUGCUCUCGAUUGCGGUUCGGGAAUCGGACGGGUGACGAAGAAUCUUCUUAUAAGGUACUUCAAUGAGGUUGAUCUUGUCGAGCCGGUGUCACAUUUUCUAGAGGCUGCACACGAAAGUUUAGCUCCAGCGAUUGAUGCGGAAGGGGAUGCUCACAAGGCUGUUAAUUUCUAUUGUGUCCCUCUUCAGGAUUUCACUCCAGAAGCUGGAAGAUAUGAUGUAAUAUGGGUUCAGUGGUGCAUAGGGCAACUUCCAGAUGAUGAUUUUGUCGCAUUUUUUAAGCGUGCGAAGGUUGGGCUUAAAGCUAAUGGUUUUUUCGUCGUUAAAGAGAACAUCGCGAGAAAAGGCAUGAACCCUACAUUGUUCUCUCUUGAUUCGUAUUGGAUAGAGAUGAUCACAGUGUGACCAGAUCUGUCUCGUAUUUCAAGGAGCUUUUCAACCAGUGCGGUCUUCACAUCUACAGAACUAAGGUUCAGUAAAAUUUAUUUAUUUUUCAUUCAAUGUGAUAUUAAACAUUACAAAAAGAAAUUCGCCUUAUCAGUUUAUCAUGAAUUUUAGCCUUAUUAUCUCACAUUUGCAUAAAAAAUAAAAAAAAAACAAAAAAAAAAACAGAGGAUCAAGAAGGGCUUCCCAAGGAAUUAUUCCCUGUGAAGAUGUAUGCUUUGGUAACCGAUAAGCCAAAAGGAGGGAACAGUGAUGGAAGAACCAGGAGGCACAAUUACACUCCUGUUAUCAUCCGGUGACAAAUAUAAAGGACCCAAGUGAGUCCCUAAAUUUCGUCUAUUGGUUCUCCUAGAACUAUCUUGCAUGAAUUGGAUGGUGAAAAGUAGAUUUGGGAUGACUACUUUCUCCCCGUUGGUUUUCGUACCUUUCCUUUUAGUUUUAUGUGUUAGUAUGAGAUGAUCACUAGUGUUACAUCGACACGGACAACACCCAGGAAUUUGUAUGCUGUUUUCCAAAUUUAUGCCAAUCCACAAAAAAGAAAAAAAGUAACACUGGUAAAUUGAAGGAGACAAAAGAGAAAGGACAAUGAAGUUUCAGUAGAGAAUACUUAACUACUGUACAAUAAA